AUGUGGGGCGACAUCCAAGAGUUCAUCCAGAAAGAGUUCUGCGUCGGCGAGGGCCUCGUCGGCAAGCGGGGCAUUUUGCAGUCGCCCUUCGAGCUGAAUACACCGCAGAUUGGCGUGCACUCGAAGAUUGAUAAAGCCCUGAAUUUCUUCAUAAACCACCCGAUUUCCAGCUGCGACUCGUCCGCCGAAUCGGAAUGCGACAUCAAACGCCGAAAUACACGGAAAGGCCCGCCCGAGCCGGGCCGUCGACUUCCGGUCCAUGCCUGCAACCAUCCGGGCUGCCAUAAGAGAUACCACAAAAGCUCGCAUCUGAAGGCGCACAUGCGGACGCACUCCGGGGAAAAACCGUACGUCUGCGACUGGGCGGGCUGUGGCUGGAAGUUUGCGCGCAGUGACGAGUUGACGAGGCACAUGCGAAAACACACGGGCAUCAAGCCGUUCUGCUGCUCGGUGUGCGGCCGUACCUUCUCGCGUUCCGACCAUCUAUCGCUGCACAUGAAACGCCACAACACUGUC